AAAGAAAGAAACCCCCCUUCCUCAGUCACCUUUUCUUCUUUCUUGUUAUUCUAUUCAGCGGCGGCCGGAGAUAUGACUACGCCGGAAAACAUAAACCCACAUAAUGAUGACGUCAGCUUAUCAGACUUGAAGAAAAAAAUGGCUGAUUUUGCAAAAGAAAGAGACUGGGAUCAGUUUCACAGUCCAAGAAAUCUCCUUCUCGCCCUGGUAGGAGAAGUAGGAGAAUUAUCCGAGAUAUUUCAAUGGAAAGGUGAGGUACCGAAAGGACUUCCAGAUUGGGAAGAUGAAGAAAAACAACACCUUGGUGAAGAAUUAUCAGAUGUGUUGCUAUAUCUUGUAAGGCUAUCAGAUGUAUGUGGUAUUGAUCUUGGCAAGGCUGCACUUAGAAAACUUGAAAUCAAUGCUUGUAAGUAUCCAGUCAAGCUUUGCAAAGGUUCUUCCAAAAAGCAUAAUCAAAUCAUAAACAACUCUUUACCCACCACCAACAACAACAUUAGCGGCAAUAUCAAGGAUGAUGUCUCCCAUGAUGGUGUUUGAUCUUUUCUUUUUCUAUUACCUUUAUCUCUUGUUUUGACCUUUACCCAAUAUUGGUAAUCAUUUUCCAAAGUCCUUUUAUAUGGUUCCUCUUUCUGGUAUAUGGUUUUAUAAAACAUUAAUCUAUUUGUUCUUGGUUCCAUUUUCCUCAA